CGAAAUUGCACAGAAUCGGCAACAACGGAUACACAGAGGACGACAGUGGAAACAGAAGCAGCGCCACAACAGCAGCAGCAACACUCAACGAGGCGAUGAGCGUGGGGCGGUUACAGGGGUGGCUGCAGGAGGCUGGUGUGGGGUUGGUGGUGCUGUUGCAGGUGGCGCUGCUGCACAUUGCGUUCUCAUAUACCAGCGCGAGGACCCGCGGUAGCGUGCCGUCCCGGUUUAUGACGGUGGUGGUUCACGAUGUUGCUGCGGCGCUGUUCUUCGCCGCGUCCAUCUACAACCUGCUGCGCGUCAUCGCUGCCGCACCCGUGAGCGCGCAGCGCAGGCAUGAUGUUCCAACCCAGGUCACCCGUGUCGCGUCCUCGGGACUUCCGACUGCUCAGUACACAGCCAACCUUCAACCACGGAUCGCGCAGGCAUUCACGGCACUGACGCAGGGGAGCAACCUGAAAACGUUUGAGCUGCGUCACUUGAUUCGCUUCUACUUGUACGGUGCCGCCUUUGGGUUCUUCACGGGCGCCUCCACGCUCGUCGUCAUCUACUCUCAACACGGGUUAAAAGCGUUCACGCUGAGCACGUUCAUGGCCAUCGCAUCGCCCAUGGCCAUGCUCUGGCAGGACGAAAGCACAUGGUUUGACCAUUACGUGGCGUUUACCACGCGUCUCGCCUUUGCCCAGUUCAUCCUAUGCGUCGCCGGCCUCAUUUACCAGUUCCAGAACAUUCUUCGCGGCGGCACCACGGAACUGCCGGCCAAGCACACCAUGCAGCAGCGCUCACUCACCUACUUUGCAGAGGUGUUUGGCAAGUCCGGGUUGUACACGUGGUUCCUGCCGGCUUGGUUUGACGCCCCCAUGGACAGGGCUGAGCUCACACACCAGGACAAGGUCAUUUAAUAACGCCAGCCAACGGCAUCGGCAACCAACGCACAAACGCACGAACACACGCAUGCAACAGUAAUGAUGAAUGACAUGUCAUACAACGCAUGCAAACAAACAAACAAAUAAAACACACACACACGCACAAACACAAAACAUACAUGCAAAAACACACACACACACAAAACAUAAGACGUACUGUACUGCAUGGGUUGUCUAAGCUUGUUACUUUCAUUUGCUUGGCUUCUUGUACCUCGAUAAAAGCGCAACAGAA